UGGGUAGAGAUCAGACAGGUAAACCUACUGUUUCUCGCAAUGUACUCGUGUUUUUCUACGCAUCAGCGGCUGAGUUAAUUAUGGGAUACCGAUGACUGACGUUGGAUAGAAAAACAGCCCCUUUUCAAGGGUAUUGUCUAUUAAAAAAAGGGAAUAAACGUGUACAUAUGUAUAACCUGAAGAAGUCUAUUGCUCAAGACUCAAUUUACCAUAAUCUUAGACACUCUAAAGUUGCCUUUUCAUAUACGAGAGCUACCAUUACCGUCUUUACUGUCGAUACCUCUCACUUUUAUAACAUCUUGCUCUUUGAACGAUCGCAGCGUAUUUCUACUAGACGCUUAACUACCUGUCUUCGGUCUUUCUCUAAUCUAUCAAAUUACCAUUGACUGUAUCAAAAUGGCCUACGCGUCGAAAUACACCCCGAAGCCACUCACAGACAUUUUUACCAGUGAUACCGAUAUCGAUCGGCGACAAUGCACUCGGACUGUUCCAAUGAAGGUCCUUAUAUUGGGAUGCGGACGAACAGGAACCAUGUCUAUACGAGCCGCAAUGAAAAAGCUUGGAUAUGUUGAUACCUACCAUAUGAUGAACUGCUCUAUCGAAAACCCGCCUGACGCUCUCCUGUGGAUGGACGCGCUACGGGCGAAAUACGACGGUGUCGGCGAACCGUUCACCCGCAAAGACUGGGAUAAACUUCUCGGCGGCGCGCAGGCAGUAUGCGACUGGCCCGCCUGUGCAUUCGCAAAGGAACUCAUCGAAGCGUACCCCGAGGCGAAGGUUGUGCUUACAGGACGCGACGUCGACUCGUGGCACGCAUCGACAAUGCAAACGGUGUACUGGCGAGCGAUGGACCCCGAGCUUCGCAUCUUGUCCCGCUUCAGCUGGGCUGCUAGCAUGUACUACCCGAUGCUGAAGAAGUUCUUCGAUACUUUUUUCGAAGGAAACUUCCCCGAGAAGGGCAAGGCUAUUUUCACACGCCAUUACGCCGAAGUCAAAGCUAUGGUUCCCGAGGAGAAGCUGCUCGAGUAUAGAGUCACCGACGGCUGGGAGCCGCUGUGCAAAUUCCUAGGCGACUCUGUACCGACGGACUGCCCCUUUCCAAACGUCAACGACAACAAGAACUUCGUGUUACGAUCGCGCCGGAGGAAUAGAUGUCAGAUGCUUAACGUUGCGGCGCAGGUUGUGGAAAUGCUGCUGAUGAUUGGGUUGGCAUGGUACUUGGUAUUUCGCAUUCAGUGGAACUUGUUUUAA